AUGUCUUCCUACAAAUUUCCCAAGGCGUAUGGGACCCCUGAACGGGAGCCCAGGACCCGCCGUCUACCACUCGCUGCAGCAUCGCACAAACCGGCACAGCCCUACUGCUACCACCCAACCCACAUCAACGCAUCUGAUAAGGCCGCUGAGUUCGUGAGGGCUGGUGUCGAAGUACUGACACGCAUCUCGCAGCCGCAGCAGCAGCCCGGCUAUGCAGCCGGGUGCCCAAGUGCGCCACUCUCCAGUCUCAACGAGAUUCGGCCCGGACUCGAAGAGGAUUGCGAGUGCGGGUGCUUUAGGCACGUGUACGGGUGCUGUCCAGCCACCCAGCACGCCAAAGUCGCCGAGAAGCUGAAGGUUCAUGAUGCUGGUCGCGCGAAAGCGGGCAAAGAAGUCGAGCAGAAAAAGGUGAAGGUGCAGAAGGACGCUGAUGUUGACGAGGAGUGGGAGAUGGUUAGUAGGAAGGAGGCGACUGAGCAGGAGAAGUGGGUCGAGGUCGUCUGGGAAACUUGA